AUGUUUCAAAUUGGGGGCCUCAUUGUCUUCUGUGGGCUGCUGACCCAGACCACAGCCCUGUUGGAAGCCCUGCCCUUGCCCUUGGGUCAGGCCCAACCCUUGCCUCUGACUCCAGCCCUGGCCUCAAGUCCCACAGAUCUUGCUGGAAGCCUGACAAGUGCUCUCAGCAAUGGCCUGCUCUCUGGGGGUCUGUUGGAUAGUCUCACAAACCUUCCACUCUUGGACAUUCUGAAGUCUGAAGGAGGAAAUUCUGGUGGCCUGAUUGGUGGCCUACUUGGGAGAGUGACUUCAGUGAUCCCUCUCCUGGACAACAUCCUUGAUGUGAAAGUCACUAAUCCCCAGCUGCUGGAACUUGGCCUUGUGCAGAGCCCUGAUGGCCAUCGUCUCUACCUCACCAUCCCUCUGGGUGUGGUCCUCAAUGUGAAAACGCCCCUCGUCGGAAGUCUGUUGAAGCUGGCUGUGAAGCUAAACAUCACUGCAGAAAUAUUAGCUGUGAGAAAUGAACAGGGGAGGAUCCACUUGGUUCUUGGUGACUGCACUCACUCCCCUGGCAGCCUGGAACUCUCCCUGCUUGAUGGGGUUGGCUCCCUCCCCAUUCAAAACCUUGUUGACAGCCUCACUGGGGUCUUGACUAAGGUUCUUCCUGAGCUGGUGCAGCACCAGGUGUGCCCUCUGGUCAAUUCAGUUCUUGCCAACUUGGACAUGACCCUGGUGCAUGACACUGUCGAUAAACUGAUCCAUGGGCUGACAUUUGUCAUCAAGGUCUAA